UUAAAUCUCCCAAAAUCAAGAACCCUUUUAGAGAGAGAAGCCAAUGUCGGAUGAGUUUCAGCUGGCCAGCAGUGGAAACUGGUGGGAUUCACCAAGAACCGCCAGAUUCACCGCCGCUCCAACCUCUACAUCGGCGGCCCAAAUCGCCGUCACCGCCGGCAGCAGUUACGGAUGGCCGCCGCCGGAUUUAUCGACCGAUAAUUUCAAAACAAGGUCCAUAGAUUCCUCCGAUCCCAACUUACAUAUGAUGGGUUUAGGCCUCUCUUCUCAACCAAUCGAUUGGCACCAAAAUAUAUUAAGUGGUGGUGGAAAAAAUGAGAACACAAGUAGUACUAGUUUCCGGUCCAUGCUUCAAUUGGAAGAUCACAUGAAUCAUGAUGAAGAAUUCAAGCAAUCAAAUCUAGGGUUCUCGUUGGAUCAUCAUCAUCAACAACAACAACAACAAAUGAUGGAUCCAAUGGCUUACGGAAGCCCAUCAACGAUUCUCCAAGGAUCCUUAGCAUCACAUCAUCCUCAUCAUCAUCAACAAGAGAUCUAUCAAUCUAGUUAUGGAAUGAAUUCAAACGGAUUGUUGCCUUCUUGGAGCCCCAAAUAUCCAACUCAUCUACUAAGGCCUAAUCAAUCGGUUAUGCAACAACAACAACAACAAUUCUCGGGUAAUGUUUCGUUUUGGAAUACCGAAGGCCAGACAAACUUUUUUCCGCCUUCACCACCACCCACGUUCACGCAGUCGAGACCCUCAAUUGAGCAGAAGCCUAAGAUUGUAGUAGAAGCUGGGGAAACGGAGUCGGUUGGAAAGAAAAACAAUACAGAAGCGUCAAACAAAAGGCAACGUAGUAGUAGCGAAACCGUGCCAUCUUCUUCGCCCGCUUUCAAGGUGAAGAAAGAGAAGAUGGGGGACAGAAUCACAGCACUCCAGCAAUUGGUUUCGCCUUUUGGAAAGACUGACACAGCAUCAGUGCUUUCUGAAGCCAUUGAUUAUAUCAAAUUCCUCCAUGAACAAGUCAGCGUAUUAAGCAACCCAUACAUGAAAAGUGGAGCUCCUCCUUCAAUGCAACACCAUAAGAUGAUUCAUGAUAACUCAAAGGACGAGGAGUCAAAGCAAGAUCUUCGAAGCCGAGGACUAUGUUUGGUGCCCGUUAUGAGCACUUUCGCAGUCACCCACGAUACAACAGUUGAUUUCUGGAACCCUACUUUUGGAGGAACUUUCAGAUAGAGUACUACAAGUUUAAUUAGAAAUUUGAUCAGAAGCCAUACUCAGUUACAUUUUGGUGUGGGCAUGGAAACUGAUCAAUGUCUAUGUAACUCAAUCUUCAUUACAAGAUGCAAUAUGAUUGAUCUCUUGUCAUAUUAUUCUAAGCUAACACAUGCAUGUUGAGAAGGCUUAUAAUUUUUUUUAUAAUUUUGCAAUUUGUUGCGUACCUAGUAUGACGAUGAAUGAAUGACGAUGUAAGGAUGACGAUAAUGUGAGACAAUAAAAGAUAAAAAGAAAAUGAAAAAGUGGGAAAAGGAAAUAAAUAAAGAUAUCAUUCAAAGGACAGGCUAAUGGGAGUGCUAGAAGCAAAAUGAUGCAAGUUUUCCAUUAGAUAGGGACCAUUCUUGAAUGAUCUAAAGUUUCUUUUGCAAUAAUUGUUGUGUAAAGUAGGGUUUUGGGACUAAAUUUAAUUAGGAUAUGGUCUUGAAGUACAAGAUAAGUUUUUUUU